CAGCAUGGCCACCCGCACCAUGGCGUCGCAGUCGGCCGUCGGCACAUACGCCGGCGAGAAGAACGGCAGCGGCAACUACACGGUGACGAUGAUUCCCGGCGACGGCAUCGGACCGGAGAUCUCCAAGUCGGUGGAGCGCAUCUUCUCUGCGGCGAAGGUGCCGAUUGAGUGGGAGCACGUGGACGUGACGCCGGUGCUGCGCGACGGCAAGACGGUGAUUCCUGACGAGGCACUGCACUCGAUUCUGAAGACGAAGAUUGCGCUCAAGGGCCCGCUGGCGACGCCUAUCGGCAAGGGCCACGUGUCGCUGAACCUGACGCUGCGGCGGACGUUCAACCUGUACGCGAACGUGCGGCCGUGCAAGUCGGUGCCGGGCUUUGCGACCCACUACAGCGAUGUCAACACGGUGCUGAUCCGCGAGAACACCGAGGGCGAGUACUCGGGAAUCGAGCACGAGGUGGUGGACGGAGUGAUGCAGAGCAUUAAGCUCAUCACCAAGCCGGCGUCUGAGCGCGUCGCGCGGUUUGCGUUUGCCCAUGCGGUGGCGACGGGACGGAACCACGUCACUGCAGUCCACAAGGCCAACAUCAUGAAGCUGUCUGACGGUCUGUUCCUGCAGGCAUGCCAGGAGGUGGCGCGCGAGUUCCCGAAUGUGCAGUUCGACGAGGUGCUGCUGGACCGCGCGUGCCUGCAGAUUGUGCAGGACCCGGCUCAGUACGCCAACACUGUCAUGGUGAUGCCGAACCUGUAUGGUGACAUUCUGUCCGACAUGUGCGCUGGUCUGAUCGGCGGUCUGGGCCUGACGCCGUCGGGCAACAUUGGCCGUGACGCGUCGAUCUUCGAGUCCGUCCACGGCACCGGCCCCGACAUUGCCGGCCAGGACAAGGCCAACCCGACUGCGCUGCUGCUGUCGUCGUGCAUGAUGCUGCGUCACAUGAACCUCAACAAGUUCGCCGAUAGCAUCGAGGGCGCUGCCCUGCAGACCAUUGCCGAGGGCAAGGCCAUCACCGCCGAUCUGGGUGGCAAGGCCUCCAACACGCAGUUCACCGACGCCAUCAUCGCCAAGCUCUAAGCCAGUUUCUUUCUCUACAUUUCUGUUCGUAUUUCCAGCAAAAAAAUCUAUCAACGGUCCUUGUCGCCCUUGUUGGGAUUGAGCAGAGCAGCGCCCUCAGCAGCCUGCUGCGUGUUUGUGCGCGGCCUGGAUCCCUGCACAUUCGCAGCAGAUACGUCGUCAUCGUCCUCAUUUCCCCAGUUGUCGUUGCCCCAGUCAUCGCUGCCCGCAUCGUCCAUCUGCGCAUCCGCCUCAUACAGGACCUCUGGCUCGACCCUGGUCUCCAUCUCCAUCUCCUCAUCCGCCUCCCGCCGCUCGCUCGGAUGGUCCGGCAUAAAGUUCCUAAUCGCAAUCGGCAGCAGUUCUCUCCGCAGGCACGCCGCCCGCCC